AUGGCCAAAACAAAAUCCGACUUCUCAACGCCCGACAUUCCCAUGUCCGAAGUGGUAUUCUAUGUGUCGGCCUGCACACGGAUCAAUGCGCCUGCCAGUCUGGUUUUCCGCACACUACGCAAUACCGAGACCUGGCGAGACUGGAACCGGUGGGCACCACGAGUGACGAUUACGCAUCAACCGGAAGAAGAAGACGAUGCCACCGUCGCCGAGAUCGAAGAACUGGUCCGCAACACUUCGAUUGCAGUGAGUUUCGACUCAGACAUUACAGACGCAGCGGCCAUGCCGCCCAGUCCAACAUCAAAAAGAGGCAGCCGUGCUCGUGCCUCUACAGGAGGAAGCCUUUCGCCGCCGCCGAACAGUGGAGAUGCUGAUACCCGGCGUAGGAGCUCCGAAGGAGGAUUCGUCCCUCCACCGGUGACGCGCCAGCGACUCGCCAGCAAUGCAAGCCGGAUCUCCGAAAGGGCACCGAGCAGCGAGGCACCGCGAUCCAAUUCGAUCGACGGCAUGUCCGGGGCACAAAAGUAUCAAGCAGCCCAGGAAGAGCGCAAGGCGUCCCUUGCGUCGGGAAAGGAGCCUCCGGCGAUCGCCAACAACGUCGUGAUGCUCGAAUCGCCGGACCAGCCAUCGAUCCUGAUGCCGGCCCCGGCCAACACCACAUCUACAGCCCUGGCUGUUUCGAACGCGAACGCGAACGCGAACAAGAAUAAACCUUCAUCUUCACGACGCAAAAGCAGUACUCCGAGCGCCUCGUUCCGGCGCCAGCUGCACAUCAACGCGUUGUACGGCGAGCCGAGCGUCCGGAUCCAAGUGGGCACACGCAUGAUAUUGCACAUGAGGACGAAAAUACCUCGGAACCUCCACGAGACGCGCGAACAGAAUGUCGUCGUCACCGAAGUGUCGCGGCCGGACGACCCGCUCGAGGGCGAAGACGGUGCUGCUGCUGUCGGCGGCAAUGUCAUCGCACGCGCUCCUACCCACACGCUGUCCAAGUCUGGCGUGUAUCGGCUCGUCUGGUCGCUGGUCAACACCAAGUCGUGUCCCAAAUUCUUGCUGCAGACCCAGCGCGUGCACGAGAUCCGCCCCAUCGUCGCCGGCGACGGCGCCGAGACCUGCGAGUACUGGGACUGGGAGGCCCAGAAGGGAUUGCUGGCCAAGAAGAACAAGAAGGACAAUGCAAAGUACAUGGAGGAGCGCAUGGCCGAGUGGGGCACCAGGCUGGGCGAGUUCUGUGAGAGUAUGGGCGGUGCGGUCGAGAGGAGGGAUUUUGUCAGUUGA